CUAAACACGAUAAAGGUUCCGUUAAAUUAGUAUGAUGCUAAUGUGUCUCUUUUUUAAUAUCUCCUCGAGCAGUCGUAGCCUUUUGAUCAACCGAGCCCAAUCUAACUCCUAGCCUUGACCUAACAGUUUCCAUUUCCCCUGGCAAUACAUCACCCGACACCAUUACCAAACGCGCAUGUGUGCUAGUUUCCAUUGGAACACUCAAUUCUACAUCUUCUACUUUUCCUUCAGUCAUAUCGCGUAAAUGAUUCCUCCAACUCCAGACUAUUGGGCUUCAUCAUACCUGGAGUCUGCCCUACUUAUUGACUUCGCUGUCCCCAUCGUCCAGCUCUAUGUCGUCGAUUUGGAACAUGAUCUCGUCAUCUGGGUCAAAGCUGACCAUGUUACUGCUGCUGCUUCUCUUCCCGCCGUCGUUGCUUGCAGUGGCGUUCUGCUGACCACGGUGUUGCUGGCUACUAACAUUUCCCUUACUCGUGGGGGUUUGGUUGAUUUUUUCGCCACCAGACAUCUUGGCUAAAUGUCACGAGUCUCGUUUGAAUGAUUUCAAGUUAGAUAUUCCGAGUUCUGAGGGGAAAGAGAUCAGACUUCAGCUGACGAUUUAUAAAGUAUGAGUAAUGAUCGAUAGGGUCGGGAGUAUUUUUAUGACUUCAGAGUUGAGGUGCGGGGAGAGUAUGUGACUUUCCAUUCAUCCAAAGAGAUAUUGUAACGUCCGUCAUGGUACAUGUAUUAUUGGUCAGGGAUUUAUGAAUGGUAUCCUGUGACCGUUCC